CCAUCUCUCAGACAGCCAUGGCUACCUUCUCUCAGAGGUGAAGAAAGGAUUGAACAAUCCACGACACUGUUUUACUUCUUCAUUCGUUCGAUGGUAGCACUAUCUCUCUGUCUGGCGGAGCACGUCAACUCUAGUUGAUUCCACUAGUACCAUUUCUUUGUGUAAUUCAUAACAAUCAACAUAUCAAGUACCCAUGGCACUUGCCAUUUCUUGCCAAAAGGAGAGUUUAUUCAGCUCCAGCUUCCUGCCGCAGAGCCCAUCCUUGAUACGCAUAAAAGGCAACAAAAAUUAUCUGCCCUUUAAUAAACCCAGCAAACUCUCUCUUUCAAUUGCUUGUUCGUCUAUCAAAAUUGUUCGUAGUCCUGCACUAGACAAGCAUGUGGUUAAGCAGAACAGGAUUCGGUUUGUCCAAAAGCUGAAAACUUUACUACUUUCUAAACCAAAACACUACAUUCCACUUCAUAUACUGUCCAAAUGCCGGUCUUACCUUUCCUUGCCGAAGCCUCGCUCUAUCCUUACAAUGAUCCAUCGUUACCCAUCCAUUUUUGAACUAUUCAGGAUACCAACGCCUCCCACACCACUCAAUGCUACAAAAUCAGGAUAUCAACUUUGUGUCCGUUUAACUCCGGCUGCCGCAUCCCUUGCCACCCAAGAACUGAGUCUCAUGUCAGCUAAGUCUUCUAUCUUGGCCACCAAGCUACAGAAACUUCUCAUGCUCUCUUCCCAUCGUCGGCUGCUUUUGUCUAAACUUGUUCACAUUGCCCCAGAUCUUGGCCUCCCUCCAAAUUUUAGGUCCCGCCUCUGCAAUGACCAUCCAGACAGAUUCAAGAUUGUGGAUACCUCAUAUGGCAGAGCACUUGAGCUUAUUGAAUGGAAUUCGGACCUGGCAAUUCCACUAAAAUCUCCUGAAGUUAACCGUGGGUUGAUUGUAGAUAGGCCUUUAAAAUUCAAGCAGCUGAGACUUCGGAAGGGGCUGAAUUUGAAGAGACGUCACCAUGAUUUUUUGAUCAAGUUUAGAGAAUUGCCUGAUGUCUGCCCUUAUAACAGCCACAUGGAAGACUUUGCCAAAACAUCCACUGAGGCGGAGAAAAGAGCCUGUGCAGUGGUAAGAGAGGUAUUAGGAAUGAUGGUUGAGAGGAGGACAUUAGUCGAUCAUUUGACGCAUUUCAGGAAAGAAUUUGAGUUACCAAACAAGUUGAGGGCAAUGAUUGUGAGGCACCCAGAGUUAUUCUAUGUAAGCUUGAAAGGCUUGAGGGACUCUGUGUUGUUGGUGGAGGCUUUUGAUGACAAAGGUGUGCUUUUAGAGAAAGAUGAUGCUGCGGUGAUAAAAAAUCAGCUAAUGCAAUUGGCUGCUGAAGGAAAAAAGAUGAGACGAGAAAUGAGAAAGCCCAGCAUUAACAGUGAGGUUGUCAGUGAGGAUGAUGAUUACAAUGGUGAAGAUAGUGAUUAUGAUGAUGGUUUUGAGAAUUUGUUCGAGUCUGAAGAUUCCGAUCUUGAUUAUGAUUUUGGCAAUGAAAAUGGUGAAAUCAAUGAGUUGUCAAUUAAGGAGGAGAAUGAAGAGUUCUGGACUGCAAAUGAUUCCCUCGUCAAUAUUGCUGAAGAAGCAAAAUGGAAAGAACCAUGGUAAAGAUGAAUGAUUUCCUAAAGUUUUGAAUAGCAUAUACCUGAUUAACAUAGCAAGCACAAUACAAACUGGUAAAGGGUGCUUGCCCUAGCAUGGUCCAUCACCACUUAGAAGGGAACAGUGUCUGUCUCUUACCUGGAACCACCAAGAUUAAAAACUCGAACCACAACAUGUGAACUUGGUCUGUCGAACUCACACCAGAAGAAAUGGCUGAACGUUUUAGAAUUCAUUGCCUCCAAAGAUGCCAUAAGGGGAGACAGAUACACAUCCAGCUGUGCUCCCUACAAGAAGUCUGAAACUUUACACCUCUCUUCGGGGGGCAACCUGAAUCAAGGCAUGUCUUUAUCCAUAUCUAUUCCACUUACAGUCUGUUCUUAACUUUGUAUAAUGUCUUUGGGAUUACUGUACCUGUGAAUAGCUUUGCUCUGUGAGAUGUCAUGGACAUUUUGUUCUGGAACU